AUGGCGUCUACAAGGAUUGGGAUGCUGCUGAGCCUGUCCCUUGUGGUGGCUCUUUGGGGUGCCGCAUUGGCUCAAUCUCAAUCAAGUUGCACCGAUGUGUUCAUAAGUCUUGCUCCUUGCCUUGACUAUGUAACAGGAAAUGCCUCUACCCCUUCCUCUUCUUGCUGCUCUCAACUCGCCUAUGUGGUGAGUUCCCAGCCACUGUGCCUGUGUGAGGUUGUUGACAGUGGUGCUUCAUCUAUUGCUGCAAGUUUCAACAUCAAUCAGACUCGGGCUUUGGCUCUCCCCACUUCCUGCAACGUUCAGACACCUCCUCUUAGCACCUGCAGUGGCUCAGCUUCUUCCUCACCAGAUCUUUCUGUUUCAAACUUUCCCAAUUCCCCUUCAGGGAUUGGAUCUAACACCGUUUCACCAAUGACUGGAAGUGUCGGUGGUUCAUCUCAUGGAAAUUCAAGUUCCACUACCAAAUUAUCAUGUUCUUGGUUUGUCAUGUUUGUCCUUGCAACGACUUUGACUUUCACCUUCAAGAAUACGACUUAG